CCCCGCCCGCGCCCCGCCCGCGCCCGCCGCGACUCCAGCUCCGCGGCGCCCUCGCCGGGUGCGUGCCGCUCGCGCGCCCGCCAGCCAGGCUCUCCGCGCCCGCCGCCCGCGCCGCGCUGGCCCGGGCUCUCCCGCCCGCGCCUCAUGGCUGCACACGAGUGGGACUGGUUCCAACGCGAGGAGCUCAUCGGGCAGAUUAGCGACAUCCGAGUGCAGAACCUGCAAGUUGAGAGGGAAAAUGUGCAGAAGAGGACCUUUACACGAUGGAUAAAUCUACAUCUAGAAAAGUGCAACCCACCUCUAGAAGUUAAAGAUUUAUUCGUCGAUAUACAAGAUGGAAAAAUCCUAAUGGCUUUGUUAGAAGUCCUGUCUGGGCGGAAUCUGCUGCACGAAUACAAAUCCUCGUCGCAUCGUAUUUUUCGGUUGAACAACAUAGCGAAAGCACUUAAGUUUUUGGAAGAUAGCAAUGUAAAACUGGUUAGCAUUGAUGCAGCAGAAAUAGCAGAUGGCAACCCUUCUUUGGUUCUUGGGCUGAUAUGGAACAUAAUCCUCUUCUUCCAGAUUAAGGAGCUCACAGGCAACCUCAGCAGAAACUCUCCAUCUUCCAGCUUGUCCCCUGGCUCAGGGGGCACAGACUCAGACUCAUCCUUCCCACCCACACCCACUGCAGAGAGGAGCGUGGCAAUAUCGGUGAAAGACCAGAGGAAGGCUAUCAAGGCCCUGUUGGCGUGGGUGCAGAGGAAAACGAGAAAGUAUGGCGUGGCGGUGCAGGACUUUGCGGGCAGUUGGAGGAGUGGGCUGGCUUUCCUGGCGGUGAUCAAGGCCAUUGACCCCAGCCUGGUGGACAUGAAACAGGCCCUGGAAAAUUCCACACGAGAAAAUCUAGAGAAGGCUUUCAGCAUCGCACAGGAUGCCCUGCACAUCCCCAGGCUCCUGGAGCCAGAAGACAUCAUGGUUGACACACCAGACGAGCAGUCUAUCAUGACUUACGUGGCACAGUUUCUAGAACGUUUUCCGGAGUUGGAAGCCGAAGAUAUUUUCGAUUCAGAUAAAGAAGUUCCUAUCGAAUCCACUUUUGUUCGCAUCAAAGAAACUCCUUCUGAACAGGAGAGCAAAGUCUUCGUUCUGACUGAAAAUGGGGAGCGUACCUACACUGUUAACCAUGAAACCAGCCACCCACCACCCUCCAAAGUCUUUGUCUGUGACAAGCCUGAGAGUAUGAAGGAAUUCCGCCUGGAUGGUGUUUCCAGCCAUGCGCUGUCAGACAGCUCCACCGAGUUCAUGCACCAGAUUAUUGACCAGGUCCUGCAAGGGGGCCCAGGUAAGACCAGCGACAUCAGUGAGCCAUCUCCAGAAUCCUCCAUUUUAUCAUCCAGAAAGGAGAACGGGAGGUCCAACUCUUUGCCGAUCAAGAAAACAGUUCACUUUGAGGCUGACACCUACAAGGAUCCUUUCUGCAGUAAGAACCUGUCCCUUUGCUUUGAAGGGAGCCCAAGAGUGGCAAAGGAAUCAUUGAGGCAAGAUGGACAUGUCUUGGCCGUUGAGGUUGCUGAGGAAAAGGAACAGAAACAGGAAUCCUCGAAGAUUCCAGAAUCCUCCUCUGACAAGGUCCCUGGUGACAUUUUUUUGGUGGAGGGCACAAACAAUAAUUCUCAGUCUUCUUCCUGUAAUGGUGCUUUAGAGAGUACAGCCUGCCACGAUGAAGAAAGUCACUCUCUUUCACCCCCAGGAGAAAAUACUGUGAUGGCCGAUUCCUUCCAGAUCAAGGUUAACCUGAUGACUGUAGAAGCUUUAGAGGAGGGAGACUAUUUUGAAGCCAUCCCAUUAAAAGCCUCAAAAUUUAACAGCGACGUAAUAGAUUUUGCUUCUACCAGCCAGGCUUUCAACAAAGUUCCUUCACCUCAUGAGACAAAACCUGACGAGGAUGCUGAGGCUUUUGAGAAUCAUGCUGAAAAACUAGGUAAAAGGAGUAUUAAAUCUGCUCACAAAAAGAAGGAUUCGCCAGAACCUCAAGUUAAGAUGGACAAACAUGAACCUCAUCAGGACUCCGGAGAAGAAGCUGAAGGCUGUCCUUCAGCCCCAGAAGAGACACCAGUGGAUAAAAAGCCAGAGGUGCAUGAAAAGGCCAAGAGAAAGUCCACCCGUCCUCAUUAUGAGGAAGAGGGAGAAGACGAUGACCUCCAGGGUGUGGGCGAGGAAUUAUCUUCCAGCCCCCCAAGCAGCUGUGUCAGCUUGGAGACCCUUGGGAGUCACAGUGAAGAAGGCCUGGAUUUCAAGCCCUCCCCACCCCUCUCAAAGGUUUCUGUCAUUCCCCACGACCUCUUCUAUUUCCCACACUAUGAGGUUCCCCUGGCUGCAGUUUUGGAGGCUUACGUAGAAGACCCGGAGGAUCUAAAAAAUGAAGAAAUGGAUCUUGAAGAGCCAGAGGGCUAUAUGCCAGACCUGGACUCCAGGGAGGAGGAGGCCGAUGGCUCUCAGAGCAGCUCCAGUUCCUCGGUGCCAGGAGAGAGCCUCCCCAGUGCCAGCGACCAGGUGCUGUAUCUCAGCAGGGGUGGUGUGGGUACCACACCAGCCUCAGAACCCGCUCCACUGGCCCCCCAUGAGGACCACCAGCAAAGGGAGACCAAAGAGAAUGACCCCAUGGACAGCCAUCAGUCCCAGGAAUGCCCAAACCUGGAAAACAUAGCAAACCCCCUAGAAGAAAAUGUAACGAAAGAAUCAAUCAGUAGUAAAAAAAAGGAAAAAAGGAAACAUGUGGACCACGUAGAAAGUUCACUAUUUGUAGCACCAGGAAGUGUUCAAUCCUCAGAUGACCUAGAAGAAGACAGUAGCGACUACAGCAUUCCUUCCAGGACUAGUCACAGUGACUCCAGCAUUUACAUUCGACGACAUACUAAUAGGUCUUCGGAAUCGGAUCAUUUUAGCUAUGUUCAGUUGAGGAACGCAGCAGAUCUGGAUGACAGAAGAAACCGAAUAUUAACCAGGAAGGCCAACAGCUCAGGAGAAGCCAUGUCACUGGGGAGCCACAGCCCGCAGAGUGACUCCCUGACACAGCUUGUCCAGCAGCCGGAUAUGAUGUAUUUUAUUCUCUUCCUGUGGCUCCUGGUGUACUGCUUGCUGCUCUUCCCACAGCUGGAUGUUAGCAGGCUCUGAUACGUGCGUCUGGAUAAUAAAAAAGACAGGACCCUGACCAGGGGCGGGGUUACUUCAUUUUAUUUUGGGUUCUGGGUGGGGCACUUCUACAGACAGUUGAGGACCUCCGAGGAAACUUAGACCCCCUUUCUCGCUAUUGUGGUUUUUUUUUUUUUUUUCAGGUUUCCUUUUUUUUCUGGACAACCUGAGCAUGCUUUUUUCUUUGGCUGUGUACUCAAAACUCAGGCAUGCAGCUGGAUCCGUAGGUGGGGUUUUGUCCUUGUGUGCCUUGCUGGGUUGGAUAGGGAGCAUUGUUAGUGAUCAUUAGCCGGCCUGGAUCUUAGCACACCCCACAUUGCAGGUUCACACGCUGGAUGAACUCGAGUUUCUUACCUCUCAGAUGAAGGGCUGCUUAAUGAGAAAGAGGGUGGGCACCCCAGGCCGAGCCCCAGCUGGGGAGAGAGCUGCCACGUUUUCCUCCAAGUGUGGGUGUUUGAGAGAAGGUGCUGGGGUCCAUGCACCUGUCGCAGUCCGGUAACUGGUUGCAUUCACUAGGGGAAAUCCGAGCAGCCAGCUCUGUGUAAGCACAUCCAGGAAUGGCAGAAUCCAGGGAGGAAGGUGAAAGCUGUGUUGAGAGCCACUGUGUGCUCUUUUUCACCCUGUUUUUUUUGUUGUUUUUUUGUUUUGUUUUUUGUUUGAGGGGAGAUACACUUGAAAUUCAGUUUUCCAUUGAUUGGAUUGAGAUAGAACCAUGAUUUUCAAACCAGAUCGCCAGGGCCCAGCAGGGCCAUAUAAAAGCCAUGAGGAGUGGCUGGGCUGGAAUCAGCUCCCAGCAGUGCUGGAGCUGGGUGGUGGGGUAGCUUCCUGCCCACUAAAGCUUUGGUGCACACCUCCCUCAGAAUGCAUGUCUUGGAACGGGCAUUCUUUGUGGUCACUUGUAAUGGGUUUCUUGAAGAGGCUUUCUGGACAGCACUCCGGGAGCAGGCCAGCACAGGAGGUUUGUGAAAGAAGAGAGGCAUCUCUAGCACCCCUGCCCCCAGUCUUCCUCAGCCCCAGGCUCCCUCUGCUCUCUCCUCCCUGCCAAGACUCAGGUCUGUGGUGAGUCUCUGCAUUGGUUCCUCCUCCCCUUCAGAAAGCAUGUACCAGGCAACCCUUAUAAAAUCACAAAUGAGUCAGGAGGGGACUCAGUGAGCAUCUUGUCUAGCUGGACCCAGAGAGACAGAGCAGCUUGACCAAGAUCAUAUAGCCGACCAGGGGCAGACUUGCAGUGAGCACACAGGCACCUGAUGCCCUGUCCAGAGCUGUUACCCCUUGUAGGAAACUUCCACUGGGCACACCAAUGUCCUGAGAAAAAGAUAAAAUGACUAGAUUAAAAUGUCCACAUUCAAGCAAAACCAAAAAGUUUAGACCAACUAUCGACAUUUGUUUUGUUCUUGUAUUUUUCCCAUGAGGAAUUCUUACUCACCUUCAAGCUCAUCCCCAAUUCCUUCUGAAAUACCCUUGACAGCUGCAACAGCUUGUCAUUUGACAUACCAGCGUUGCUCUUACUCCAGGAAUCACGUUUCUUUCUUUGCUAGCCAAGGACUUGCUCAUUUCAAGCAGUGGGUUUCAAGUUUACAGAAUUCCAGCAUGGCCAGAAGAAUUUACAUAGCACAUCUGAGUCGAUGACAGCCAAAAUCUGGCCUCUAAACCAGUCUGAUUAUAGUCUGUCUCCCCUCCUGAAAGAAUUUCAGCCUUCCAACCAGAAAGCUGCUGGGAGCUUGGAGUGAUUCCAUCUGGAAGGCCAAGAGCCCCAUGGAAAAUGAGCUAAUUAAUGAGCUCCCUGGCAUCAAUGAAAGCUCAAAGGUACAGAUAAUAAAGAUUAUGUGAUAGUUUAUAACCCUGGGCACCAUGCAGUCCUUGCCUAAAUUAGAUGCUCGAAGAGCCUGGGAAGAGCCAACCCAAAUGUGAAUCAUUUCAUUUUAUGGGUCUAGACCUUGUUCAGAAAAACCUCUGCAGGAUACUUCUCUCACCUAUUACAACUUGUAAUAUUGUUUAAAACAUUACUGGCAAGAUGCCUGAAAGUCAUUUGGUUCAGGUUGGCAGUCAACUGAUAUUUUGCAAAGGAAAAAGAAAUCUCAUUUGAGUAUAGGCUUCUAUGGAAGAAGCUGGAUAUAGAAAAUGGAUGUGGAAGUCUGCAGGACAAACCACCCCAUUGCUUGUAAUUUUUUUUUAAUUAAAAGAAAUACAAUAAGGCUUUUAACAAGAACUAGCAGUCCCCUAAGUCUCGCUGCUUAGAAGUAACCACUUUCAACUCUCUUAUAUUUGCAUUUCUACAUAACGUGCUUACACUUUAUUUUUUAAUUUAGAAACAUCUACUGGCUUGCUGUCACAGUAGAGGAGGAUUUCACUCUUACCAUACCAUGCUUUGGUUUUCCAGUAUAGCUAGAUCACAUCAUUUAGUACAUUUCUAUUAGGUGUUGACAUUACCUGGAGCACUUAAGGAUUGUUGACUCCCAAGCCCAGCAGUGUGUUAUGGUUACAUGUCCUUUCUCCUCCAAAUGUCCCCCUUAAUUUGCUAUUCUCUUUACUUUUUUUUUUUUUUUGGUGUGGCACAUUCUUUAAUAACUUCCUGAGGAAGAGAACAUGGGAAGUAAAUAUGGUUGUAAAUAUUUUGAGAUUUUUGCAUGACUUAAGAUGUCUGUAUUCUGCCCUUAACAGAAAUGUGGCUGAGCAUAGAAUGACAGGUGGAAAAUAAUACCCUCCCCUAGCCCCUCCCAAGCGUGCUGGUUGAGAUUUCUGAUGCCAUUCUGAUUCCCAUACCUUUAUAUGUGACUUAGGUUUUUUUAUCCACCCUUCCUGGAAACAUUUAAGAUCUCUUUAUUCUUGGUGUUCUGAACUGUCAUGACGGUGUUGUAUCCCGGGUGUUAAACCUUGUGCUGGGCCUUCAUGGGAAAUUUCUUAAAUUUUCUUGUGAUUACUUACAUUCUUUCUUUCUGGACCACCUAUUAUUUCAAUGUUGGACCCUCCCCUACACCCAGGCUGAUGCUCUAAUAUUUUUUAUCUUUUCUAUUUUUCGUCUAUGUUUCUGAUCUGCUUUCAGGAAGAAUUAUUCAUUUUUAUCUUCCCAAUCUGAAUGUUUUAUUGAAUUUUUAUUUUCCAAGUUAAUAAAACCUUUGGUUAUUA